GACAGAGCCAGGGCCGGAGCCGCUCGGGGCCGGGCUAGGGAGAGCGGGCCCCCAGCAUGCGGCCCCAGCGCCGCCGGAGCCUGCGCGCUCCCCUCGCACCCGGCGCCCCGCGCUAGCGCCCCGCCGCCGCCGGGGGUGUGGGGAGGCGCCAAGGCCAUGGCCAGCCACGUGGACCUGCUGACCGAGCUGCAGCUGCUGGAGAAGGUGCCCACGCUGGAGCGGCUGCGCGCCGCGCAGAAGCGCCGGGCGCAGCAGCUGAAGAAGUGGGCGCAGUACGAGCAGGACCUGCAGCACCGCAAGCGCAAGCACGAGCGGAAGCGCAGCGCGGGCGGCCGGCGGAAGAAGGUGUCCUUCGAGGCCAGCGUGGCCCUGCUGGAGGCGUCCCUGAGGAACGACGCCGAGGAAGUGCGCUACUUCCUGAAGAAUAAGGUCAGCCCUGAUCUGUGCAACGAGGAUGGACUCACAGCCCUGCACCAGUGCUGCAUCGACAACUUUGAGGAAAUUGUCAAGCUGCUCCUUUCCCAUGGUGCCAACGUGAAUGCCAAGGACAACGAGCUGUGGACACCCCUGCAUGCCGCGGCCACCUGCGGCCACAUCAACCUGGUGAAAAUCCUCGUUCAGUAUGGGGCCGACUUACUCGCUGUCAACUCAGAUGGGAACAUGCCCUAUGACCUCUGUGAGGAUGAGCCCACCCUGGAUGUCAUCGAGACAUGCAUGGCGUACCAGGGCAUCACCCAAGAGAAAAUCAACGAGAUGCGGGCAGCCCCUGAGCAGCAGAUGAUUGCGGACAUCCACUGCAUGAUCGCAGCGGGCCAGGACCUUGACUGGAUUGAUGCCCAGGGGGCCACACUGCUGCACAUAGCUGGAGCCAACGGGUACCUGCGGGCGGCCGAGCUCCUACUGGACCAUGGAGUGCGUGUGGACGUGAAGGACUGGGAUGGCUGGGAGCCCCUGCACGCAGCUGCCUUCUGGGGACAGAUGCAGAUGGCAGAGCUAUUGGUGUCCCAUGGGGCCAGUCUCAGCGCGAGGACAUCCAUGGAUGAGAUGCCAAUAGACCUGUGUGAGGAGGAGGAGUUCAAAGUCCUGCUGCUGGAGCUAAAACACAAGCAUGAUGUGAUCAUGAAGUCACAGCUGAGACACAAAUCUUCCUUGAGCCGGAGGACAUCCAGCGCGGGGAGCCGUGGGAAGGUGGUGCGGCGAGCCAGCCUGUCGGACAGGACCAACCUGUACCGGAAGGAGUAUGAGGGAGAGGCCAUACUGUGGCAGCAGCGGAGUGCGGCCGAGGAGCAGCGGACCUCUGCCUACAACGGGGACAUCAGGGAGACCAGGACAGACCAAGAGAAUAAGGACCCGAACCCCCGGCUGGAGAAGCCCGUGCUGCUCUCCGAAUUUUCUACCAAGAUCCCACGAAGUGAAAUGGAUGGGCCUGUGGAGAAUGGACUCCGGGCUCCAGUCAGCACCUACCAGUAUGCACUGUCCAACGGGGAUGUCUGGAAAGUGCAUGAGGUACCUGACUACAACAUAGCCUAUGGCAGCCCCGGCGUGGCCAAUGCCCCCUCGCCCUGGGGUGGCUACAAGGAACAGAGUCCCCAGACCCUUCUGGAGCUGAAGCGGCAGCGGGCUGCAGCCAAGCUGCUCAGUCAUCCCUUCCUGAGCACCCACCUGGGCAGCAGCAUGGCCAGGACGGGUGAGAGCAGCAGUGAAGGCAAGGCCCCCUUGAUCGGAGGCAGAACUUCACCCUACAGCAGCAACGGAACCUCGGUAUAUUACACGGUGACCAGCGGAGAUCCCCCGCUCUUGAAGUUCAAGGCCCCCAUGGAGGAGAUGGAGGAGAAGGUCCAUGGCUGCUGCCGCAUCUCCUAGUCUCUGUGUGACAGAGGAGAGGGAUGCUUCAGGGAUGGAUCUCUGGAAUCCAGGCCCACCCCGCAGCCCUUGGCUGGGGAGACAUCAGAGGGCAGCCGGCGGGGAGGUGGGCUCGGCUUUCCAGAGGAAUGCCGAGCCCACCUCUCACCCAGAGGCCCAUAGCGUCGCCACUUCCCACGGCUUUGCUUCCUGCUGCAUUGUCUGCCAUCAGAAACAAGGCCCAUCGUGGCUUCCUAACUCACCCUGCUGUCAGAUUUUGGGGGGGGGGCGCUGGGAUUCGAUUCCAGUUCUCUUGUCGGUUUAGGCUUCUCUGGAAGUCUACUAGGACUUGCAUAUCACAUAUCGGCGUGCACAUGCACAUACACACACACACACACGCUCAACCAUGUGUAGGAAUGACACAGCUUGGCUCAUGGGAAGCAGGUGGGGCUGAGAAUUUGUGAGCUCUUCCCAAGAGGAUUGAGGCUAAGACUCCGUUUCAUCCCCACUGCCAGUGUGGUGGUAGCAGGGGAGGGAGGGGCCUGUGAAGCUGAGACCCACAGUCCUGCCCAGGGUCACACAGGGGUCUGGGCCACCGUCCACAUCUGGCAGGAGAGGAGGUCCACUCGUUGUUCAGAGGAAGCUCGGGACCCACAUAGGGUCAACGAGAUGGGCAAUGGCCUCCUUCCCACGGCCUUGCCCGAGCCAGAGGCCAGCUGUGUGACUACCCAGAGGCUGAGUAGGAAACCAGGCUAUUCCAUUCCUGGAAUAAUCCAAAUCAUAUUUUACUUUUGGAUGGAAGUUAGCAAAAAUUGGAGGUGAGGGGGAAUAAAGGUAGUGUUUCCAAAAGCGCAUUUGAUAAAAUAAUUCUUUUAGGCCAUAAAACUGCCGGUGGGAGAUAACAGAAUUUGCUUUCUUGCGUUCUUUUGUGGAUAGCAUCAUGAUCACUAGGUUUUACUGACAGGUGUUGGGGAAAUGAAGCUAAGUGAGGAGCUGUGGUUGGAAGGGUUUUCCAGGGUGAGGAGUGGGUUUGUGUUGUUAAUUUCUGUAGGCAUCUCUGGUGACCUGACAGAGCCCAGCGCCCUGGCCAAUUCUUGUGAAUAUCCAGGUGGUUUCCAUCCAGCCUAUGUCAGCCAGACUUCCUCGGACUGAGCUAUCAGAGUGAGCAGUGAGAGACUGCUGGGAGCCCCCACCUCUCCCGGGGGAAAUGCUCAGGACCCCCAGCCCAGCUUUUGCCUUCUCUGAAACAAGUCAGCCAGUUGACCCUUGUGAGAUCCUGCCUGGUCCGGGGGCUCCCGGCCUGCUCUCGCGGGAGUGGUGACAUCCCAGGGCUGUGGAUCCAAGGUGCCCAUGGCCAACACCCUGCAUUGCAGUCAGAAGAGAGGUGAUGGGGCUAGAGUUGGGCCUCACUGCAGCCCAGCAGUCUCAUAGCCCUGACCUUCCUGGUGCUGGGGAAGGAAAACCAAGCUGCCCGUCAUCUCUCGACUGCAUUUUCUCAAGAGCCCCUUCAAAGUUGCUGCCCGUGAGUUGGGUACUGUCCACAGGCUCAGCCCAAACCUACUGGUGUACUUAAUAAGCUGCAGGGUCGUUCCCUGCUCUGUGCGCCUUUUAUUCGUCCUAAAACUACCUCCUUGGAGCUCUGAAGGGCCACCCCCCCCAGGUCCAGAUUCUGGGACUUGGGGGACAAAUCUGGGUUCCCUUUAAUCUUCUUUCUGAGCCUAUGAGAAAUUCUCCCUGAGGGGCACCUGGGCCGGGGAGCUGGGGUUGGAGGAGUCCCCUUGUGCCACAAUUCCAGUAAUGGGAUCUGCCGCUUAUCAGCCCCAGUCCCCAGUGUGGCCUCCAUGGCCCCAUAACCCAGAGAGGGAGCUGGACCCCAGGGGCCUGGCUGAUGCUUUCCCAGGAGCAAGGCAUCUGGACCAGAGAGUAGAGGGCUCAGCAGAGCCACUGUGCACCUGGUGGCUGGCUCCUGGGAGCAGCAAGGGUCACAGCCGUGGGCCAGCCCCACCCCAGGGCAGAUCCAGCAUAGGGUGGAGGGGCAGCUCAGGAGACCACAGGCAGGGACGCGUGGUGCCUCCCACGCCCCUGGCCUCUGGGGCAGGCUCUCCAUUGUGUCGGCCCAUGGCUGGAGCGGGGCAGGAAUGAUCAGAACACACACACCUUUGGCUUUAAAAUAGUGUUCAGAUUCGACUGACCCUGAACUUCUCUUGAGCCAACUUAAGUUGCAAACAGAAGAGUGCCAAGGGAAGCCAUACGCUCCCAGGAGAGGGCUGUGCAGGUUUUCGGAUCUGUAGGCUUAGGGCUCAGAGACUGAAGGCAUUUGUUGCCCACUCUGAGCCCUUCUGGCCACUCCCUCUUUCCCCUCACUUCCUGCCUCCUGGGCCAUUCAUCUCCCAGCCGGAAAGAAGGCCGGAAAUCCCAGCUGAUUCCCGACAGGAGCCAACUGCAGACUCACGGGCAUUUUAGCUCAUGUUUCCAGUCAGGGUAAGCCUUUCCUUGUUAGGGCUUCGAGUACUUUAGAACUCAACCUAUGGGUCUCCUUGGUGUCGAGGGACAUGGUGGGGUCAGGGUCGUUCAUUUAUUCACUCAUGUCAUUCGCGGAGUAGCUGAGACAUACCAGGCACUAGGUUAGGCUCUGGGGAUAAAGGAAGAGCAAAACAGGGUGAGGAGACUGCGCUUUACAGUUUUGAUCCCUUGCAGACCAGCAUCCGAUACCUUGAGGUUAUCAGGAGCCCCACCGAAUUCACCUGCGACAGAGUGACCCCAUCCUGGUCUAGCUUCACCUUGGUUUCUAGCUCUGGCAUUUCUAGAGUAAGGAAACCCGCAGCGAAACUGCCGUCCCAGCCAUCCCUGGAUAACUUUGCCACUAAAUGCAGAUGCUGGAUCUUGAGUUCCGUGGAGACAGCAUUGAAAAUCUGUCUGGAACUUUCAGGGAUAGCUGCCUUCAGGCCAGCAUCUUUGGGGCAUUGUAUAAGAGCAGUUUGUAGAAGAACAAAGAGUCUGGAAUUUGCUAUCUCAGGUUCUGAAACUCAUUGCCUCUUGCUCAGUUUUGCUCCUUUGUUAUGGAGUCCUCCUGCCCCACCAAUGGAUCAUGGGAGGUGAGGAACUUCUCUAACUCUGAAGCCUUUCCUCAUGCACCUGCCUCUCCCUCUGGCAGGUGUGGUUCGAGGAUCUAGGAGAAAGCUAGCAAGAUAUACCAGAUGCUCAGCUCACUCUGAGACCUGGGUCUGGCCUGGCUGAUUAAAGGAGGCUGCUUCAAACCACUGAACAUUGUGGCUCCCACCAGAUAGUUCCUGGCCAGGAGCUCAGGGAAGUUGAAUACACCCUAGGCUCAGGUCUGCUGGAGAGUUCAGGACAUAAUUCUCCAUCCAAUAUGCAGCUGUGAUCAAACUGCUCCACACUGUUUGGCCAGUGUCAGUGGGCUGAGGAAAGCUAACAAGGGGGCAUACCCUGGCCCAGACCACCACAGUUUCCUGACUUUGUCAUAACAAGACCAUUUUGGCAAUUGGUGUCAGAUACCUUUCAGUCUUGAGCGCUCUCUCCCACUUGCCUUCCCAGAGUAGGUUACCGGGGCACUUUCCAGAAGGGCAGUUCUUACGAGAUGCUCAGAGGGACUGUAUUUAACUCUUGCUAUUGUGGCCUGGGGACAGCCUCCCGCAUCCCAGUGCAUGUAAGAGCAAAGGGUCAUGUGGUCAGUGGUUGAUGCUGCAGAAGUGAACCCCCUUUGCCAGAAGUCGUAAACCUCUCCUUGACAGGAGUCUCUUGUUGGCCAGUUGGCCAGAGGGCCUGCUUCCCAUGGGCAUUGCAAGUGCCACAGCGUGGGGCCUGGCUCUGUGCACCGAGGAAAAGUCCGCAGACUCCCGGCCCUCCGCAAUAAUUCACCAGACCAGAAGCCACUGAUGUACAGAGAAUACUUAAGAAAAAUGUAUUUUAUGUGAAAAAAAAGUUAAAACUCUGUAUACUGUAUCAGCAGCUUUGUGUAAAAAUGGCAAUCAAGAGAGUCUAAUAUAUUUAAAACUUUUUUAAAAAAAAUCCUCGCGGAUCUUUGAUAUUGUAUUGAAGUAACUUCCAGGUAGCUCCUUGCCACGUGGCAGUGGUGGGCCUCGAUCCAAGACCGUGGCUCGACCACACCCCCAAGGGGCAUGCCCCUGGGGUUGCUUCCAGCUGCCAAGGCCUGUGACAGAAUUCACUGUUGAGAGUUUUUAAUUAAGAUUAUUAAAUUCCUUUUAAUAACACC